AUGAAGCUGAAAACUUUUGCAGCAAUGAAGGUGAAGAAAUCGUGCACCGUUAAAGAUAGAAGUCUAACGCUGAAAGCGGACCGCCAUAUAUUUGCACGGCUAUUAGUAAUACGUGGUAAGCGUGACGUUUCCUUGAAAGAAGUCCUAACCUACUCCUUGGGCCCUAUUCCAUGGUCGCUAGCAACAGCCGACGGAAGCUUUGUUAAAACUGUUAAGUCAAAAUUGCUUGAUGCUAUCGAGAAGGAUGUAGUAGAUUCGAUUGUGGAUACUCUUCCUGACAAUUGUGUACGAAUAUUUGAUGGCAUGGUUAUUAUUCAACAGAUGGCGUCUUUGAGUUUGGCAAGAUUCGGUGAAAUCUCAGAAUAUGUCCUUAAGCGGAUUACAUCUCGUCCUGGUAAAGUGAUCUAUUUUGUUACUGACCAAUAUCUUGAUGAUUCCUUAAAAGGAAGUGAACGCCAACGACAAGCUGCAUCUGGAAGUAUUUGGAUCCACUUAACAAGAAGAGAUCAGAAACGACCAAAGCAGUUCAAGAAAUAUCUCAGUGAUGGUGUGAACAAAGUCGAUCUGGUGAGAUUCUUCAUGGAUGAUUGGUCCCUGCUUCAAAACCAUUAUCGAAGAUAGAGUUGUGUUCUUGACUUUGGAGAGCGAGUGUCACCAGCUGAGAGUAGAAGAAGAUAAUGUUGUCAUUGGCAUGGAAGAAAGCCUUUGUUCAAACCAAGAAGAGGCUGAUACGAAGAUGUUUCUAUGUUGCCAGCAUGCUGUCCACCGAUUUCAGAACCCAAAUAUUUGCAUCUCAACAGUCGAUAGUGAUGUUGGAAUCUUGGCCAUCUAUUUCAAACAACAAAUCCACUGUAAUAUGUUUCUUGAAAUAGGUUCAAAAGGGAAGAAGAGAAUUUUAUCAAUCCAAAACAUUUCCGAGGGCGUUGGUGAACAAAUGUCAAGUGCUCUUCCAGCGUUGCACGCAAUCAGCGGUUGUGAUUCAACAAGUGCGUUUUAUGGUCUUGGAAAACAAAAAGUGUACAAGAUCGUCAAGAGUUGUGGCCGUUUUAAAGAAACAUUGGCGCAGAUGGGCGAUAGUUUUGAUUUCGACACAAACCUUUUCCUUUUGGUAGAAGAAAUGGUCGCUCAGUUUUAUGGCAUUAAAGGCUGCACCAGUAUAAACGAUGCCCUCUACAUGAAAUUCUGCACCAAAAAUAAGAUUCCAGAACCACAGCAACUCCCACCAACCAAAGACGAAUUAUUACUUCACUGUCAGCACGCUAACUAUGUGACGUGUAUUUGGAAGUCGGCAUUGACUAUGAACACAGAUCCUCCACAGCCAGAAGGUCGGGGUUGGCUUUGA